UACGCCAUGAUGCUUGAGCUCAUAGGUUUUGCCAUUCUGUUGCUUUCAAUUUUCUUGAUCUUCACAAACAGACCAAGGCAUGCCUGUUUUCCUCCAGGUCCCCGGUCUUUACCAAUCAUCGGUCACCUCCAUCUCCUUGGACCCCUAAUUCACCAUUCCUUUCGUGAUAUAUCUUCUCGUUAUGGUCCCUUAAUUUUUCUCCGUCUUGGUUCUGCCCCAUGUGUCGUGGCUUCCUCCCCCGAACUUGCUAAGGAAUUCCUAAAGAUACACGACGUCAUCUUCUCUUCUCGCGAAAUGGAUUCUCGAGCCAUUAAGCUCCUUACCUAUAACUCUUCCUUUGCCUUUGCACCCUAUGGACCUCUCUGGAAAUUCCUCAAGAGGUUGAGCACAUUUGAGCUCUUAAGCAGCCGGGCACUUAACCAUUUUCAGCCUGUAAGAAAAAUUGAGUUGCAACAGUUUCUUCAAAAUCUUCUUACCAAGUCUAAAAUCAGUGAGAGUGUUAAUGUCACUCAAGAGUUGCUAAACUUAUCAAACAACAUCAUUUCUCAAAUGAUGUUAAGUAUCAGGUGUUCAGGGAGCGAUAGCCAGGGUGAAGAUGCCAAAACUUUGGCACGAGAGGUAACACAGAUAUUUGGAGAGUUUAACGUCUCGGAUUUUAUAUGGCUUUGCAGGAACUUUGACUUUCAGGGUUCUAGGAAGAAAUCCGAGGAUGUACAUACAAGGUUUGAUGCAUUGCUGGACAAUAUCAUCACAAACCGUGAGCUUGAGAGAAAGCAAAGUGGAGGAAAAGUUCAGGCCAGAGAUCUUUUGGACAUGAUGCUUGAUACUUUGGAAGCUCAAAACUCAGAGAUAGAGUUUACUAGAGAUCACAUUAAAGCCUUGGUUUUGGAUUUCUUAACAGCAGGCACGGAUACAACAGCAGCUUCAACUGAAUGGGCACUAGCUGAGCUCAUAAACCAUCCAAAGAUCCUUGAGAAAGCAAGGCAGGAGAUUGAUGCUGUUGUUGGAAACAAGAGGCUGGUAGAAGAAUCAGACUUUCCAAAUCUUCCUUAUCUCCAGGCCAUCUUCAAGGAAACUUUCAGGCUUCAUCCACCGAUCCCAAUGAUCUCAAGAAAAUCAACCCAGGAAUGCAAGAUCAAUGGCUAUACAAUCCCUGCAAACUCAUUGUUAUUUGUGAACAUGUGGUCUAUCGGAAGAGAUUCAAAAUACUGGACAAACCCGUCGGAAUUUGAACCUGAACGGUUUCUAAAACCCAACGGAGAUAUGUGCAAUGAAUCUGCUUCGGUGGACUUUAAAGGCCAACAUUAUCAGCUGUUGCCAUUUGGUACUGGCAGAAGAAGCUGCCCUGGCCUUGCUUUGGCCAUGCAGGAAUUGUCUACAACUCUCCCGGCUAUGAUUCAGUGCUUUGAAUGGAAAGUGGCUGGCUCACAGGGGGAGAAAAUCAAUGGCAAUGUUGCUGUUGAUAUGACAGAAAGGCCUGGAUUAACGGUUCCAAGGGCUCACGAUCUUGUGUGCAUACCGGUGCCACGACAACCUGACAUCAUUCAAGCGUUUAUAAAAAGUGGUCUCCGUUGAUAGCUGAGCUGACCCAUUGCUUUGCCAAAAAUGAAAAAGUCAAGAGCUGAUGGAAAAUAACGCAGUGGUAAUUAAUGUAGUAUCGCGUUUUUUUUUUU